GCCUGCAUGGGCGUUGACUUCGGUCUGGCGCUCUACCAACGCUAUGGCCUACAGGCGGAGGUUGCGGUCAGCAUUUCGGCGCACGUGGGCGGCUUUCUGGCGGGUCUGUUGGUGGGUAUCCCCCUGCUACGCAACCUCCACGAGAAGCCCUGGGAGCGCAUUUGCUUUUGGGUCUCACUAUCCAUUAUGACUGCCUGCCUCGUUUUCGCCAUUUUUUGGAAUAUAUUUUGGCCGGGUUAUCCGGCCCAGUUGGUGUAA